AGCGUCAUUGUCCUGAACGGUCGCGGGAUAUCUCCCCAUUUUGAAGCAAGACCCCCUUAAUGAGAACAAAGCCCUGCGGGCUUGAGAUGGAGUUUUCUUGGGCAAUCGGCCAGGAAUCCCGGCGUCUGCUGCUCUCACUUCUGUUUCUCGCAGCCUGGGAGGCCGGGAGCGGCCAGGUCCGCUACUCGGUCCCGGAGGAGGCCAAACACGGCACCUUCGUGGGCCGCAUCGCCCAGGACCUGGGGCUGGAGCUGGCCGAGCUGGUGCCGCGCCUGUUCCGGAUGGCGUCCAAAGGCGGCGGGGACCUUCUGGAGGUAAACCUGCAGAAUGGCAUUUUGUUUGUGAAUUCUCGGAUCGACCGGGAGGAGCUGUGCGGGCGGAGCCUGGAGUGCAGCAUCCACCUGGAGGUGAUCGUGGAGCGGCCGCUGCAGGUGUUCCACGUGGAGGUGGAGGUGAGGGACAUUAACGAUAAUCCGCCUGUGUUCCCCGCAGCACAAAAGAAUCUGUUUAUGGCCGAAUCCAGGCCGCUUGACUCUCGGUUUCCACUAGAGGGCGCUUCGGAUGCAGAUAUUGGAGUCAAUGCUGUGCUGACUUACACGCUGAGCCCCAACGAGUAUUUCUCGCUGGAAAAACCAUCUGGUGACGAGCGGGUAAAACGUCUCGGGCUAGUAUUAAGGAAACCUUUAGACAGAGAAGAAGCUCCGCAGAUUUUUUUAGUACUUACCGCCACUGAUGGCGGCAAACCUGAGCUGACGGGGACCGUUCAGAUACUCGUUACAGUUCUGGACGCCAACGACAACGCCCCAGCUUUUGACAGAACACUCUAUGCGGUGAAAUUACUAGAAAAUGUUCUUAAUGGAACGUUAGUAAUUAAACUUAAUGCCUCAGAUUUAGAUGAAGGCGCGAAUGGGAACAUUAUUUAUUCAUUCUCAACUGAUAUUUCACCAAAUGUGAAAUCCAAGUUCUACAUAGAUCCAAUCACGGGAGAAAUUAUGGUAAAAGGAUAUAUCGAUUUUGAGGAAAGCAAAUUCUAUGAAAUUCUUGUAGACGGCAUUGAUAAUGGGCAGCCCCCACUCUCUGGCCAUUGUACAGUUAUGGUGGAAGUUGAAGACACCAAUGAUAAUGUCCCAGUUAUAGAAUUCAAGUCCUUGUCACUCCCGGUAAGAGAAGACGCUCCACUGGGCACCACCAUCGCCUUGAUCAGCGUGUCCGACCGUGACUCGGGCGCCAACGGGCAGGUGACCUGCUCGCUGACACACUACGUCCCCUUCAAGCUGGUGUCCACCUUCAGGAAUUACUAUUCGCUGGUGCUGGACGGCACCUUGGACCGCGAGAGCGUGGCGAGCUACGAGCUGGUGGUGACCGCGCGGGACGGCGGCUCGCCUUCGCUGUGGGCCACGGCCAGCGUGUCGGUGGAGGUGGGCGACGUGAACGACAACGCGCCGGUGUUCGCGCAGCCCGAGUACACGGUGUUCGUGAAGGAGAACAACGCGCCCGGCUGCCACAUCUUCACGGUGUCGGCGCGCGACGCGGACGCGCAGGAGAACGCGCGGGUGGCCUACUCGCUGGUGGAGCGGCGGGUGGGCGAGCGCGCGCUGUCGAGCUACGUGUCGGUGCACGCGGAGAGCGGCAAGGUGUUCGCGCUGCAGCCGCUGGACCGCGAGGAGCUGGAGCUGCUGCAGGUCGGGGUGAGCGCGCGCGACGCGGGCGCGCCGCCUCUGGGCAGCAACGUGACGCUGCAGGUGUUCGUGCUGGACGAGAACGACAACGCGCGGCGCUGCUGCCCGCCGCCGCCGCCGUCGCCUGGGCGCCGCCCGGGUGCGGGUGGCGCGGUGGUGGGCGCGGGCCAGGUGGUGGCGAAGGUGCGCGCGGUGGACGCGGACUCGGGCUACAACGCGUGGCUGUCGUACGAGCUGCAGGAGGCGGCGUCGGGGGGCGCGCGGAGCGCGUUCCGCGUGGGGCUGUACACGGGCGAGAUCAGCACGACGCGCGCCCUGGACGAGGCGGACGCGGCGCGCCAGCGCCUGCUGGUGCUGGUGAGGGACCACGGCGAGCCGGCGCUGACGGCCACGGCCACCGUGCUGCUGUGGCUGGAGGACGGCGGCCCGGCGCCCAAGGCGUCCUCGCGGCGGGUGGUGGGCCCCGCGGCGGCGGAGGCGGCGCUGGUGGACGUGCACGUGUACCUGGUGGUGGCGAUCUGCGCGGUGUCGAGCCUGCUGGUGCUGACGCUGCUGGUGUACACGGCGCUGCGGUGCUCGGCGCCGCGCGGCGAGGGCGCGUGCGUGCCCGGGCAGGCGCGGCUGGUGUGCUCGAGCGCGGUGGGCAGCUGGUCUUCGUCUCCGCGGCGGCGGCGGCAGCGGGUGUGCUCUGGGGAGGGGCCGCCCAAGGCCGACCUCAUGGCCUUCAGCCCCAGUGUACCAGAUUCUGGAGAUAGAGAGGAUCAACAGCUUGCAACUGCGGAUUCCCUCUCAAAGGUUAGUUUAUAA